AUGAUAGAGCCGACCUCACCCUCAGUCAAGUCGACAAGAUCUGCGCGGUCCAUGUCGCCUUCUAUGUCGCCACGACGUCAACCUGAUCUCCUUCGACUUGUGCAGCACCCAGUUGCGCCUUUGUCGUCAAAUGUGGUAGCAGAGCCGGACAUGGGUCGUCAGGCUUUGUCACCAGACUUGGCCAAAUCUUCUUAUCCGCACACAAACACCGAGCCAAGCACGAGCGAGCCAGGGCCAAGUUCACAAGUAACACCAGCUGGUAGCUCGGACAAGUUGGAACAUGUCGAGAAACUCUUGCAUGCGUCGCUGGAGCAUGAUGCACAGCAGCAGCGACUGCACAUGGACGCAGGGAUGGCAGCGACUGGACUUCCUGAUGACGUGUCACCCACACAAGCGACAGAUCCCUCCAAAGAGAACAAGCGCGUAUGUUUUGAUGAGCGCACCUUUCUUCGUCAUGAGACCGCACGCCCGUACCAAUACGAGACGCGCACGGCUCGACGGCCGAAUCUGCACGGGCAUAUGGCUGAGACGCGGCAGUACAUGGACUCGUUCAUUCAACAGCUGCAGUCGCAGAUUGAAGGAGCCAGUGCACGAUGGAAUCGAGAGCCAGUGCAGGAGUUGGUUACGUACCAGGCACGCAGCGGCGCUAGCUCGCCGGUCGUCGUGCACCAUGCACGUGCAAUGAGUCUGUUUCGCCCAUGGUUGUGGACGUGGCGCGUGUUGAUCGAGUUCCACGCGCCCUGGUUAUCUCGAAAUACUCGCAUGUCCCCUGGGAUCUAUGGUCAGCUCAUGACACGCGCACGAGACAUAGUGUCGAAUGCGCUGCAUGAAACCGAGUCGCUAGCUGGACAAGAGCGAGCCAAUGCCGUGCUUCGUUGGUACCCAGCGUUUGUACUCAGAGGUAUGCACUCGUUGCUCGCCCAAUAUACCCCUACGAAUGACGUCACGCACAUCGCUGCGCCGCAUCAGCGGUGGGCUUGGGAUGUACACGUCGUUACGAUAACGAUGCCAACCGUCGCUCUAUGGCACAUGGACGUGGUAGUGGCCACGUGUCUAGAGCUGCUUCUCGUAUACACACAGCUCGGAUUGAGCCUUCUGCUAGCUAUCAUGCAAAGAAUCCAACGCUAG